CUUCUCUACACUCUUUCCAGAGUCUCAGCAUCUUUUUUAUAGUGUGGUGACCAAAACUGGAUGCAGGACUCUAGGUGUGGCCUUACUAAGGCUUUAUAGAGUGAACUUAGUAGCUCCCUUGAUCUUGAUUGUAUCCCUCUCUUAAUGCAAUUUAGGAUUGCAUUGGCUUUUCCCAUCCUGUUGGGAUCUUUCAGCUUUAUAAGGGUCUCCCGCUUGAGCAGCAGCUUAGACUAGAAGACCUCUAAGGUCCCUUCCAACUCUUCGUUAAUUUUGUAUUUUCACCGCCACUUCGAGUUUUACUCCAGGCCAGCAAGGCGGAGCGGAGAGCCCGGAGGGGAAGCCCGCCCCGACUCCGCCCCGGCCGGGCUGGGCAGGGCAAGGCUGAGUUGGGCGGUGGGUCCGCCUCGGCUGGCCCCGAGGAGGAGGAGGAGGAAGAAGAAGAAGAAGAGGGGGCGGCGUGGCCCGAUGGGGGAGCCGCGGCCGCCUCCGGGGGCGCCGGUGCUGCUCUUGGUGCUGAGCCUGGCGGGCAGCAGCGGCGGCGGGCAGGAGAACAGAGCCAUCUUCGUGGACCAGAAGAGUUUCCCUGAUCAAAACCUUCCUGGCAACAGCAGAUCCAAAGGCGACAUUGGGGCAGCCUUGGGGGAAUGGAAAGACCAUCGUCCACAAGGCUGGCCGACCAGGCUGAAGAAGCCGCUCCAACUCUGGGAGAAGUUGCCAAUGGUCCAGCAAUUACAGGAACAUGGCAGGCGACGGCGGGCCGUUUUCCUCCCUCACCCUGCCCCGAAUGGCACCAAGAGACUGGCAGCAAAGGGUGUCCAUGCCCAGGAGGACCAAAGCCGCUUGACCUCAGUUCAGCCCACCUUCAGGGAGGAGAAGGACCCUUGGAAGCCAACUGACCCGGCCCGAAGGACCCUCCCGAAUCACCCGGGCGGUGCCAGCCUGGUACCCGGGCAUCACCAUGCCACCAAGCGAGGUGUGAGACCACCUCUGUCCAGCGCGGCCACGGAGGUCGGGGCAGCCCACGAGGCCGGGUGCCGGUGCCCGGACAGCCAGCGGGCUACAGUGGCAGUCCAGGAAAUGGAGGCUCGACAGGGGGGUCUCCGUGUGCCCACUCCCCGCACGGAGGAAGCGGCCUGGGCUGCCAGCGCCCUGACCGUCUUGCUGGUGCUGCUGACCCUGGCCGUGCUGUACACCCGUCUGCACCGGAAGUGCCGACGCGGGCCGAGUCUUUACUGGAUGACCAGCAGUGAAGAGGGGCGUGAGACGGUGGCCGCCGUCAUGAAGCGCCGUCUCUUCUCGCGCCCCAGACGGACCAAGCGCCCGCGGCAGCCACCGCCGCGGCUGCUCCUGCCCAGCUCCUCCAGCGAGGACGACAGCUCCGCCUGAAGACCUCGCCCAAGGCCUUGCCCUGGAGGGGCCACCAGCCCAAAGCCCAUCGUCCAAGGAGGGAGGGGCUCCGGCCUCGACCGCUGCAUUUGUUUUUCUUACUCAAUAAAAUAUAUUUUCCUAUAUAGA